GGGAGAGAGAGUGUGAGUGAGCGCGCGCGGGAGGGCGCAGUUCGCCAUGGGAACCGGUGGUCAAUUCAAAAGAAAGAGUUUGAAAGAAAGAAAUGCAGCUGACCAGUGAGCCUUUGCCUCAAGAAAGUAGAAGCGAGACCAUUCUCCAAACCAUCUCAAAGGUCCAGAUUUCUGAAUCAGGAGAGUUCAAACCUGACCCAGAGAUUUACAGUCACGAGUAUCUGCUUUCAAGGGCUGAAUUGUUACUGGAAAAACGGAUUAAAAAUGGAGAUCCUUUGGCCUCUUUUCUCAGAGGGCAGAUGUAUUUUGAAGAGGGAUGGUAUGAAGAGGCACUGCAGCAGUUUGAACAAAACACAGAUUUUCAGUCCAUGUAUCAACUAGGCGUAAUGUACUAUGAUGGACUGGGGACCACACCAGAUCCUCAAAAGGGAAUUGAAUAUAUGGAGAAGAUUAUCAACUCCAGUUCCCCUAAAGCAAGGCAUUUGAAGUUUGCCGCUGCCUACAACCUUGGAAGAGCUUGCUAUGAAGGAUGUGGAAUUGAGAUUUCAGAGAAAGAUGCUGAACGUUUAUGGUUUAUUGCUGCAGACCACGGGAACCCAAAAGCAAGUGUAAAGGCUCAAACAGCCCUUGGGAUGCUGUAUUCAGCAAAGCAUCGAAAGGAUCUGAAAAAGGCCUUCUUUUGGCAUUCAGAAGCUUGUGGGAAUGGGAGCCUGGAAUCACAGGGCAUCCUUGGUCUUAUGUAUUUUUAUGGGCACGGUGUACGUCCAAAUUUAAAAGCUGCUCUGGAGUGCCUGACUGCAGCCUCAGAUCGUGGGAAUGUCUAUGCUAAAGGUCACUUGGUGGAAUAUUACUACAAAAGGAAAUUUUUUACAAAAGCAGCUGACUUUGCCAAAAGGACUGCAGAAAAUGAUGACGUUGAAAAGUUAGCAAAGGCAACAGACUGCAUUCCUUUUUAUAUAAAGAGAGGGCUUGCUAUGGCUUCCUUCUACCUGGCUAGAUGUCUCCAGUUUGGCCUAGGAACACAACAAGAUUUAGCAGCAGCUAAAAAUUAUUAUUCUAAGGCAUGCAGGCUGGAUCCCGAUCUGGCUUCUGAACUUGAGCUACUGGCUAAUCAUGGGAGAAUUUAGAGCAACAUUUUGAUGAAUCUGAGCAAGUUCCGGCAGUUUGUCUUUAUAACGACAAAUGUCAGUUGUCGUUCAGCUUUUGAUAAAUCAUGGUUAUUAUUUCAAGCAUUUUAGGUACAUAAUGUUCUGAUUAUCUUCAUCUAAAAGUAAAGCAUUGUAUGAGUUA